GAGAGAGAGAGAGAGAGAGAGAGAGAGAGAGAGGGGGAGUUGCUGAGCUCACCACCACCAUGCUGUGUCCUGCUGCUGUCAAUGCAGCUGCUGUGGCCGGCUGGCUGCUGGCAGUGCUGGGCCUCGGCCUGUCUCUUCCAGCUGAGGACAACUCAGAGCCAGGCUUCUCCCUCUGCAGCCACUGCUUCUACAGACAGACGCCCCCUCGGGGAGCCUCUGCAGGGCCACUGCUGCGGCCGCUCUGCCACAGUCUGCCCGGGGGACAGGCGCUUGCCACUCUGUACAGUCCGACCUGUGACACAGCUGUCUACUCUGCCUUCCAUCUUAGCCAUGGAUGGACACAGAGAGGGGGAGAGGAGGGAGAGGAGCUCGUGACAGUGAAAGAAGAAGAUGGCUUUCAAGUUCUGGUGCCAGCUCUACUCAGAGGAAGUGGAAGUGCCUCUGAGCUCGUCUCCCCUGCAGACUCCCCUCUGCACCUCUGGGACUCAACAGUCACAACGCUGGUCUCGUCAAACAUCAUUCCACAGUGCAGCGCUGCGGGGGGUGAUCUCUAUAUCCUGACCGGGACGGCAGGACUCGGGCCUGCAGGAGAUGGAGAGGAGGAAUGCGAGUCAAAGUUGCUGUGGUCUGCAGUGUGCUGUGCUGUCUCAGAGGGGGAGGGCGGCUUCAGUGUGGGGUUAAUCAAAGAGACAGGGGAAGAGGAGAGGGAGGUUAGUGUGAACGAGCUGGAGGAGAUGCUUGGAGCGACAGAGCUGUUCUCUGGGGGCUGUGGAGCAGCAGGCGGCAAGACUGAGGGAGGCGUAACGGGGCCUCUUAGUGACGAAUUCUCUGGAAAUUUAGUAAAGGUGGAUUCAGACACUACAGCUCCAGACACAGCAGGGGAACAGGUGGGUUCAGAUACCACCAGUCAGAAUUCAGAUGACAAUGCUGAGGAGAGCAGGGAGGCGUCAGUCGCUGCCGAGCGGGUAUCCAGCCUGGAUGCUCAGCCAGAGGAGGCUCAAGUUGCCGAUGUCACACAGGAGACUUCAGCACAGGAAGUGACAUCAGAGUACCCUCAGUCAUCAGAUGGCUAUGAGACUGCGGCUGCUCUGGAGUCAGACACAAACUCCAGCAGCAUCGUGGUCUACAUCAUCUCCACCACCUUCUCCCUCCUCACGGCUCCACUCUGCCCCGUGGUCAACACCAUCACGCAGUUACCUGGACAGGUGACAUAUGUACUUCAGGAGGACCUGGGAGUUCUCUGUGCGCUACCUGGGGACACCUUCUCCCUGCUCCACCUCAUGACCUCUGACCUGGUGUCUUGGGCCGGCUCCGCUGUGGACAUGCUGCUGGGCAUUGGGGACACCUGCUUCUCUGGCAUGUACCACUGCACCUCCUCCAUGCUGGGAGCCCUGAUGGCCAGCUGCCAAACUGGUGUCACUGGUGUGGGAACCCUGGCCAGUGACACAGUGGGGAUAUUUGGUGGUGCAGCAGAUAAUGCUUGGUGGGUGACCAAACUGUUUGGAGGGAGGCUGUGGGAGCAUAGUGAGGGCUAUGUAGGCACAGUGGUGUCUGAAAUUGGGGGUCAGGCGCAAGCUGUGGGUGGAGGGUUGGGAAAGCUGGUGUGGAGAAGUGGAAAUGGGGUGGGGAAUGUAUUUAGAAUGGGAGGGGGGUUUGUAAUGGGGACCAUUGAGAUGCUUAUUGGUGCAGUGAGGGAGGCUUUUGGCCACGAGUCAGACUGAUUGGGGCAAGAAUCCAGAUUUGAUGGGACUUUUGCACAUUAUUCCUGGUUUUCUUUUGCAAACUUCUUCACUAAAUGGGAUUGAGAAGAUGAAAGAAAAACAAUUAUGAAUUUGAUAGACACUACUGACAUGAUGCCUUAGCUGUUGUCUAGAGAGAUUACUGCUUUUUCUUUGAAACCGAGUGAAUCACAUCAUUCACACCUUUGUGAAAAGUAGCUUAGGCUUUUUUUUUUUUUUUUUUUUUUUUUUUUUUUAAAUUUUUGACACAAGGAACCCGACUGUAAAUUGAAAACAGUGUGCUUAAGUUCAGUUUUCUCAUACAAGGUUUUUGGGAGAGCAACUGCUCUUGUAUAAUGAAUGUUUGCCUCUGUAUGUUUCAUUAAAAGAGAACGCUGGCUUGUGUACA